CUCUGGCAACGCCGGCCGCGGGGGGCGGGGCCGCCGGCUGUGAGAGCGGAGGCGUCGCCCCGCUGAGGGCCGCGCGGGUUAGGCCUUACAGAUUGACGGGUGGCGGCCGCCGCUGGGUGUGCGAGGGAACCGUUGCUUGUCUGAGUCGCUGUCCUCUAGGCUCCGCCGGGUGGUCGACAUGGCCCGUGGUAAUCAACGAGAACUUGCCCGACAGAAGAAUAUGAAGAAAACGCAAGAAAUUAGCAAGGGAAAAAGAAAAGAGGAUAGCUUGACUACUUCCCAAAGAAAGCAGAGCCCUGGAAAGAGCUAUUUCCAUCAAAUAGGUAGGAUAUGGAACAGGCUCUGGACUUCAAGAACAUUGAUAAGGUCAUACAGCAUGACAGCAAAGCACUGUUUGAAUCAGAAAGAAAUGGCUGUUGUCAUGGACAGAGCUAUUCAAUCCUGAAGUAAAAUCUAAUUCUAAACUUAUGCAGUAACAACCUGGGAAAGAACCUGGUCUUGAAAUUGGAUAGACCUUGGUAUUUAUGUGAUUUACAGCAGGUAUUUGGUCCUGAGCCUUUUUUUUUUCUUUUUUAAAUCUGAAACAUAAGAAUAAGGAAUUGCACAACUUAAGCCAGAGCCAAUGUUUGAUUCACAGAUCUUGAAAACAUAUCUAUUUAAUAUAUUUUAAAUUAUGGGGCUGAGGAUAUAGAGGCCCUGGAGCAUAUAUGACAGUAUAUAUGCCCUGAGCAUAUAUGAGGCCCUGGAUUCCAUUCCCAGCACUGCAAAAUAAAUAGAUCCCCUAGACUGGGUACUCUUUCAUAGUUCAACUAACAUGACAGGUGGAGGUUUACAGAGGGUUGGGCCGGGGAUUUAGCUCAGUGGUUCCACUGCCUGCCUCAAAAGUGAAAGGUCCCAAGUUCGAUCCCAGGUACCAAAAAAAAAAAGAGAGAGAGACACAUAGGGUUAAGAAAGUCCAGAGCACUCGGAAGGCUGAGGGAGGAGGGUCAGCGUGAGUUCAAGGCCAGCUUGGGCUACAUAGUGAGCCUGAACUACAUAGUGAGACCCUGUCUCAAAAUAGAAAAGAAAGAAAGUGCCUGAAUAUCCUACUUUUCUUUAGAGUAAUUAAGUUUUUUGGUGCUUUUUUUUAGUUUUUGUUGGUACUGGGGAUUGAACU